AUGAAAGCCACCCACUUUUUCGACAAGCUGCGUACAAAGAGCGCGUUUAGUUCGGCAUGCACGCGCGAUCCGGACUUGCCCGCCUUCGUGGCCCCCGGGGACGAGGACAACGAGGACGCCUCGGUGAGCUCGCGCGCCCCCUCGAAGCGGUCGCGCGCGAAGCGCCAGCGCCGCAGCAGCGCCCACGCCCCGAAGAUGCCGACGAUCUACGAGGGCACCGACGAGGCAGAGAGCGAGGGCUCGCGCGGGCCGGGGUCGCGCGGCCCCUGCGAGGAUUUCGGACUCCGCCUCGCUCGAGUCGACCGACGAGCCCCGCGGCGGCGACCCCCUGCCCGCCAGCGCCCCCGCCUCGCCGCUGCUGCGCUUCGGCCUCCGCGAGCCCGAGCUGCCGCGGGCGCCGCCCGCCCUGCGCGAGGCCGACGAGGCGCCGCGCUGCGGCCCGCCGCCGCGGCCGGAGGAGGGCACGCCCCACGCAGGCCUGCACCUGGAGCGGCUGGAGCUGCUGGGUGCCGGCCUGGCGCAGCCGGGCUUCUUCGUGGAGCUGCUAGGCGUCGGGCAGGAGCCCGAGGAGGGCGCCGACGAGGACUCCGAC